AGGCAGCCGGGCUCAGUGGUUUGUGGACAGGCAGUCUGUCGCUGCUGCUGGAGGCACCGCUGCAUCUAAGAGUCUGAUGGAGGAGGAGGUCACAGAGCCCGAUCCUCAGACGGUGGAGCCCACCGGCAUGCUGCCACCGCCGGGGACACACUCAGAGGUAAAUGGAGACUUGCCGGGCAACCCAUACCUGAGGGAUGGGACAGUGGACGUGAUGGAGAGUCCGGCGAGGGAGCCUGUUGUGCUGCAGUAUCCUGCUGAGUACAGCCACCAGUAUGGGGAGAAGAUGCCAUUCCACCAUGUGACGGCAGGCCUGCUCUACAAGGGGAACUACCUGAGCCGCUCACUGUCAGACAGUGACAGUGACGUGCUGGCCAGCAUCUCUGUGGAGGAGCUUGAUGAGAUCCGGGAGGCGUUUAAGGUGCUGGAUCGUGACGGAAACGGGUUCAUUUCCAAACAGGAGCUGGGUAUGGCCAUGCGCUCUCUGGGCUACAUGCCCAGUGAGGUUGAGCUGGCCAUCAUCAUGCAGAGACUAGACAUGGAUGGUGAUGGACAGGUUGAUUUCGAGGAGUUUAUGACCAUCCUUGGACCCAAACUCCUGUCCUCUGAAACGAGAGAAGGCUUCCUGGGCAGCACAAUAGAUACCAUCUUCUGGCAGUUCGACAUGCAGCAAAUCACCCUGGAGGAGCUGAAACACAUCCUGUUCUACGCCUUCCGCGAUCACCUGACCAUGAAGGACAUUGAGAACAUCAUCAUCAACGAGGAGGAGAGCCUGAAGGAAAACUCUGGAAACUGUCAGACGGAGUUUGAGGGAGUUCACCCUUCAAAGAAGAAUCGCCAGACGUGCGUGAGGAAGAGCCUCAUAUGCGCCUUUGCCAUGGCAUUCAUCAUCAGCGUCAUGCUCAUCGCAGCCAAUCAGAUGCUGAGGAACGGCAUGGAGUAGCUGAGCCCACUGUGAACAGGGAACAAGCCAGCCUGCAUGUGCAUGCCAGUGGGUGAGGUCAUAUCCCUGUUGAUAGGAAAAGGACUACAAGGAAUAAUACUCAAAAUAAUCGACAAAAUCCAUUUUUAAAGUUAUUCUUAGUUUUUUUGAACGAGUGGCGCCUCUCCAUGCGACGUCCAAUGAAACCGUGAAGCCAGCAUGAGGAGUGAUGCAGGACUCCUCCCCCUUUACUCUGACAGGGACACUCAAGGGCUGACAUUACACAUGAUACUCUGUCGUGUCUGUUUCCCUGAUGCAAUAAAAAAAUGUAACAAAAAAAAGUGCAGGAGUUCAGAGCUUUUCCAGCAGGCGAGAUGUGA